AUCGAUUACCUGAUCUGGUGUCUCGCCAGCGCAAACCUCCCGAUUGCGUAGUCCUUAUCUGUUUGGUGCCAUGACUGGUGCCAUGGGAUAUACUUUUUGCCAAGCAGGGACUGUGUAUAGUGUCAUGUAUCGAAAAUAAGACAGCAAAAGACGGUUUAUUAUGACAGUGCUGCCGUCCCACUUGGCCAGACACGCUUGUGCCAGGAUCCCGCUGUGGAGGCGAAGAUAGACUGGAUUUACUUACAACCGACCGACACGCAUGAUACUUCCAAAAGAUUACUACCAAUAUGUCUUGUUCUGUAAACGCCUGCUUUGAGACUGUGUCCGGAUUCUUCCAGAGGAUUUUCAAAAAGAUUGGUACUUUUAUCGGAACGUAUCCCGUGGCUCACAUUAUCGGAUCUGUCAUUGUGGCAAUUGGUCUUAGUUUUGGCAUGCUUACGUUAUCCAACGAGACUGACACAGAGACACUGUACACGCCCAUUAACAGCAGAGCAUCACAAGACAGAGUUCAGUACCAGGCCACGUUCACAGACGCCACAGGAAGCAACUACCGCGGAUAUGCACUUACGGCUCUUGACAUGUAUGGCCGAUUGUUGAUAAGCAGCACGACAGGUGGGAACGUGUUCACUAAUGCUACUGUUGAAGAAAUACGAACCCAAAUAAAUGAAGUCAAAAGUAUUAAUGCAACCUAUGACAAUGUAGUGUUUACUUACAGCGAUAUCUGUGCUCGGCAGGAUGGUAGUUGCUAUGUUUCAGGGGAGUUUCUCACAACAGAUGCUGUGUAUAAUGUGUAUCUGUCUGGUGGAAUCACCUACCCAAACUGGAAUAACAUAGACAUAUCAGCAUUUCUUGGACAGGUUGAUUCGACAGGUGGAAAACUGGUGUCUGCAAAGUACCUGAGUAUUACGUUUGAUUUACGAAUGGACUCAGGGGUUAACAAGGCAAAAGCAAGAGCAUGGGAAGAAGCGUUCCUGAAGAGAGUAGCAAGUUUAAACACAACAUCAACAAGGAUAAACUAUGCUGCCUCCCAUUCGCUGGACACAGAGCUAAACAAAAACACAAACGGAGACAUCGUGUUCUUCUCUAUAACCUUCACGUUGAUGAUCACGUAUGCCACUGUCGUCGCCGGCGGUGAUGUGGUGUCAUCGAGGACGUGGGCAUCAUGGGCUGGCGUUCUUGCUGCUGGAUUUGGCGUAUUGUCUUCAUUUGGACUUGUCAGCCUUUGUGGUGUCAAGUUCGUCAACAUCGUUGGCGUGACACCAUUCUUAGUCAUAGGUAUCGGUGUGGACGACAUGUUCCUGUUGAUGUCCAGCUGGGCGGAGACCUACCCUCACCGAGACAAGUCCGUCGCCGAGAGGAUGGGAAUGACCUUUGCCUCAGCGGGUAUCGGUAUCACCAUCACGUCUCUCACUGAUCUCCUGGCCUUCUUAACUGGCGUGUCUUCUGUGUUUCUCAGUGUGAGGAACUUCUGUGUAUACACAGGUGUGGCCGUCAUCUUCUGCUACCUGUACCAGUGCCUCCUCUUCUCCCCCUGCCUCGCCAUCCAUGGCCGUCGGGUUGACAGUAACAAACACUGCAUGACCUGCCUCAAAACCAAAUCCAGAGACGAACUCAGGAAAGAUGGCGCCUCCACCUGCAGAGUGUUAUGCUGUGGAGGCUCACCACCAACAGAGAGGGGUCAGGAUGAACGAUUCUUUGAGACACUGCCACGGAAGUACUUGCCACGAAUGUUGCUGAAUAUGUGGGGGAAAAUAGUUGUUAUUUUAUUAUAUAUUGUUUACCUUGGUGUUUCCAUUUGGGGAACAAUCAACUUUAAGGAAGGGUUGAUUCUGAAGAAUCUUGUUUCCUCAACCUCUUACUUUUACUCAUACAGUGAAACGUAUGACACAUACUUCUCAGGUGCAUUCCCAAUCCCAUUUGUCUUUGGGUCGACAACGGACUACACCAACACACAAACUUUAAAUAACAUUGAUUCGCUAAUACAGAAUGCAAAGUCCGACAGUAGUGUUGAUGCUGACUCCCUCAUCUGCUGGUUACACAGCUACAGGAACGAUUCAAGUUACGAUGGCAGCAGCUCCCCGGCCUUUGUGUCGGGAUUGAAAACAUUCCUUGCAGCAAAUACAGUGUAUGAGAACGAUGUUGCUUUGGACUCUAGCAACAUUUCUAUUACUGCAUCUAGGUGCUACCUUUUCUCAACUAAAAUCAAGGACUCCAAUGCCCAAGCUGAUGUUAUGGUUCGAAUGCGAGCUCUGGCAGACAACUCACCUCUCUCUGUCUACACCUUCUACCCAUCCUACAUCUUCUUUGAGCAGUAUGUUGCCAUCCUUCCCAAUACACUACAAACUGUGGGUCUGGCACUGGUCGUCAUGACUGUGGUCACCUGCAUCUUCCUUCCUCAUCCUCUUCUGGUUUUCCUUGUGGUCCUGAACGUCGUUUCUAUCCUCGUUGGUAUCUUUGGGUUCCUUUAUAUCUGGGGACUGAGUCUCAGCUCAGUGACAAUGAUCCAUCUCAUCAUGUCUGUCGGCUUCUCGGUGGACUUCAGCGUGCACGUGUGCUCUGCCUAUAUGAUUGGAAAGGGAAGUAACAGGAGAGAGAAAACCGAAUCUGCCAUUGUCCAUGCAGCUGGUCCCAUAUUAAACGGUGGACUGUCAUCCUUUCUGGGCAUUCUUGUGCUGGUGUUCUCAAAGUCCUACAUCUUCAACUCCUUCUUCAAGAUCAUGUUUACAGUGAUCCUGUUCGGCAUGCUGCAUGCUGUGUUCCUUUUCCCUGUGAUACUCUCCAUCCUUGGGCCAGUGACGAAGUCAAGGGUUUCAGAGUCCCCUCAGCGCACCCGAUCACCAUCGCCUGCUGUGGAUUACCCUCUGUAGAUAUGGAUUCCUAGUAUAUUUUUAGUGAAGAUAUAGACUAUUCGUCUUGAGAUUCUUGUGUGAAUGCAAGCAUUCAAGUGUGCUGGUCGCUGUUGCAAGAUCAUGACCAAUGAAAUACAGUAAACUACUGUUAUAACGAACUCAAAGGGGCCACUAAUU